ACGGACCAAUCGGGAAAUAAUCUGCAUAACUCCCGCCUCCCUGCUGGGCUCUGGCCCCGCCCCCAUCCGGCUGAUGAUUGACAGGGCCGAGGUGACGAGCUCUGAGAUCAAAUACGUCUACACCGAGGACCCGACCGUCAGCGGCAUCGAGCCCAACUGGAGCAUCCUCAAUGGCAGUACAGUGAUAACAGUGACAGGAACCAACCUGAGGACCAUCCAGGAGCCCAAAGUCAGAGCCAAGUACGGAGGAGUGGAAACCAACAACUUCUGUACCGUGGUGAACGACAGCACCAUGACGUGUUUGGCUCCCGGUCUGAUCUACGGUAAACCCAACCCACCAGAGGGGCCGCUGCGGCCAGACGAGUUCGGAUUCAUCUUCGACCAG